AUGAAGCCCUUAAUUAUAUUCUCUCUCUUUUUCUCUUUGCUCUUUCAGGUAUAUGUUACAGCAGACCACAGAUUUAACACGUUGGCUGAAUUAGUUCACCACCAUUCUAUUCAUGCAGAUGGUUUAGUUACUACACUCUUAUAUCCGGCACCAAAACGAAACAAACCAACAGUAUUUGGUUUCAGUCCGGAACCAGACAAGUGGGAAGUGGAGAGGACGGAGAUUGCUAUGAAGCAUCGACUAGGUGGAGGACAAUAUGGAGACGUUUAUGAAGCUGUAUGGAAGACAUACAAUAAAACAGUAGCUGUGAAAACUCUCAAGGAAGAUACCAUGGCUUUAAAAGACUUUCUUGAAGAAGCUGCCAUCAUGAAAGAAAUGAAACAUCCAAAUUUAGUCCAAUUAUUAGGUGUGUGUACGAGGGAACCACCGUUUUAUAUCAUUACUGAAUUUAUGACCCAUGGCAACUUACUAGACUAUCUACGAGGUAGUAACAGGGAAGAUAUUGGACCAACAGUUCUUAUGUAUAUGGCGACACAAAUUUCGUCAGGAAUGGCAUAUCUAGAAGCCAAAAACUAUAUCCAUCGGGAUCUGGCUGCCCGGAACUGUUUGGUCGGAGAAAAUCACCUGGUGAAAGUGGCUGACUUUGGCCUUGCUCGUCUCAUGAAAGAUGAUACCUACACAGCCCAUGCUGGAGCUAAGUUUCCUAUCAAAUGGACAGCUCCAGAGGGUUUAGCAUAUAAUAAAUUUUCUACAAAAUCUGACGUUUGGGCAUUUGGUGUGUUGUUAUGGGAGCUGGCUACCUAUGGCAUGUCCCCUUACCCUGGUGCUGAUCUCACUGAAGUCUAUCACUUACUGGAACGUGGUUACCGUAUGGAACGGCCAGCAGGAUGUCCACUUAAUGUCCACUUGCUUAUGCUGAAAUGCUGGCAGUGGGAAGCCAAAGAAAGGCCUACAUUUAAAGACAUCCACAAUGCUUUAGAAAAUAUGUUUGAAAAAUCCAGUAUUAGUGAAGAGGUUGAAAAAGAAUUAGAAAGUGAAAAGCGCCGAACUCCUGGAUUGCCUUCUAAAAAAGCACGUGCUCAAAGUCUUGAUAGUUGUGAACAUCUAGGAGUUGAAAGUCGAACUAAUACAGGUGCUACCCCUCCAGCUGGUCGACGUGUUCUUCCACCCCUUGAUGACUGUGACAAACGGCAGAUGGAGAUACUACAAAGGAAGUCAUCAAGGAAAAAGAGCCCUGCACCAGUUCCUCCUCAGCGAACAACUUCAUUUCGCGGUCCACCUGUGGAUACUGCGUCAGAAAUGGAGUUUGAGCUGAAGAACAAAAUCAAACAGCAAAAGGCCAAAAUUGAGGCCUCAACCCUUCACGAAGACUCAACUGAGCCUCAGGUCACCUUAGAACUGAGCCAUCCAGAUAAUUAUAUUGGCAACAAUAGGUUUACCAAAACUAAACAUUUGUCAUUGAAGGGUAGCUCACCGAAAUCCUUCCGACGCCAUGACAAUGAUAAGUACCAGGGAAGCAAGGAUGCCGACGAUAACUUUCCUCGCCAAAUGACGGAAAGUUUCAAAGGUUCCCAUAUCGAUAAAUCAAAAUACAUAAUCUCAGAUUUAGGAAAUAAAAACCCCAGACCACCACCUGGACAUCUAAACCAUGUGAUUCCAGCAGAAAUCCGACCCGAGCGUCCCAAGAUUGACAAAGAGACGAGCACUAGCGAAGAAAGCAUGGAAGCUGCAGCGGGACAUGGUGGUGUUUACCCAAAGGUUGCCCUUUCUCUACCCCAUAGGUCGUCCAGUUUUAAGAAGGGCAAGCCACUGACAGAUAAUCAAGACUCUGAAGAAACUGUGGAUCAAGAAAAUUUUGUCAAUGUCGGCAAAUUAGAUGCGGAUAAUGUGAAGACAAUUAGCCGUUACGGGACUAUUCCAAAGGGGGUGAGGAUUGGAGCAUAUUUUAGGUCAAUGGAAGAUGAACCAAACCAUACUGACCAACGUGAAUCUAGCAUUGAUGAUGUUGAUUCUGGUACUGAUACGGCCAGUGUGACUUCCUGUCCCCCAUUACCGCCGACUGCUGACACACCCGGAGAUAGUGGUAAAGAUGAAGAAAGCAACAAUAUUGGUAUUAAACAGGAGCAUAAUUUAAAGCCUUCUGCAGUUGUUAAAUCACAGUCUUCUCAAAUGCUUGUUGAUAACCCAAAAUCUUCAUUUACAGGAUUACUUCAGCGUCAAAAAUCUGACCUAACCCAUGGUAAAGUACAAGGAAGCAAACCCGACUAUUCUCCUUCAAAACCUGACAAUGGAAUGCUUUCAAGUAUUUCUCCUGGAGGAUCAAAAUCUGAUGAUAUAUCAGAAUUAAGCAAGUCAAGAAUAAGCCCUCGAUUUUCUCAUGUGUUUGAAGAUAAUAAGAAAGAAGAGUUAAAAGAAAACAAAAAGUUCCAGCAUAAACCUUUAAAGUCUCCUGAUGAAGGUACAUCUGAACUACGCAGCUUCCAUAAAGUAGGCCAACCAUUUCCCUCAAGGCCCCCCGGUUUGGCCCACGUUAAUGACUCUAGUCCUACGAGUACUGAAUCAACAUUAGUGAGCAGUCCUGACUCUGUUGUGGAGAGAUCCAAAAAUGAUAUCCGUUCACCUCCUCCCAGACCACCCAUCCGUGCACGAGUGUCGUUAGCUGAUACUGAUGAUGGCAGUAGGCUAUCAAAAGAAGUCAACGACAACAAUGUACCACCUGCUGUCUUGUCCAAAAUGGCCUCCAAAGUGAAGCUACCGUCUCUGCCCCCCAGCAGUGAGGCAGCAUCCCUGAAACCCACCGGGCGAGAUAUAGACAGAUCCAAAUCAGAUCAGUCCACUGAUCGGUUUAGCUCUAAUUCUGACUUUACUGCCGGGCACUUGACACCUGGCAUUGCUCACAAACCUCCACCAGGUAACCAGAGAGAUGAGCCUCCACCUAAAACUCUGUUUUCUAACUUCCGAUCAGCCGCUCUGAGUCACCGCCACAUUGAUAACGAUACGUCCGACAGCAAAAAUUCACAAAACAAUCAAUCUGUUGAUGAUAACUCCAAAUCUGAAACACCUGUCACGAAGGAUUCAAUCAUAGAGGCAUCGAGCCGACUCGGAGGUCGCAUUGAUUCCUUGGCAACAAGUAGCUCAAAGAGCUCGGGUGAGUUCAUGGACUUAUCGAAACAGGUGCAAACAUAUCACGAAAUGUGUUCCCAGUUCAUUGAUUCCUUACCACCUCACAGCAAGUUCCAGGGACGAGAAUUGUUGAAUCGGCUGCAUCUGGAGUUACAAAAGUUGAAGACGUUGUCAGGAAGCUGUUUGACCAGCAGCAGCUCCAGCUUGUUGAAUGAAAUUCAGUCGACAAAUAAAGAAAUCCUGCAAGUCAUUCAGCGAUGAGCAGCAAACUAGAAAACAGAGAAUUUGGGUUAUGGUUACAAGACAGAAGAACAGACAGCAGAUGGAUGGACUCGCUGAAAAAUUGCUUUUUUUUCCUAUUCUCACCCCAUCAACAUAUACAUCUGUGAAUGAACAGACACACACAAAUACAUACAUACAUAUAUAUAUAUAUUUACAUAUGUACACGCGCUUUCACACUCAUGCACAUACACACAAUCGUACAUUCACCUACAAAUGCGUACUUUGUCAUAUUUUUAUCUUUUCGCUCACUUUCUCUCACUGUCUCUCUUUUUCCCUUUCACUUCUUCUUCUUCUUUCUCUAUCUUUCUUCUCCCCCCCCCCCACUCACUUCAAGGCAGCCCCUUUCAGCCUGAUCUGUAAUCUUCAUUUGCUGCGUUAAGUAUUUUCAUUUCUGUUGUGCACAACAGAUCAUUAGCAUAUGACAUUUUGCAUGGACAGUUGGUUGCAGCUGUCCUGCCCAAGUCAAACACAGACGUUGAUCUGCUGGUUCUGUUGAAUAUAUUCCACACCCACUCACUUCUCAUUCUCUCUUUCUUCUCUCUCGCUCUCUUUCUUCACAUAUAUAUAUAUACAUACAUACAUACAUAUAUAUAUAUAUAUGAAGGACUGGAGUCUUGUUUUCCUGCUGUUCCUGGCGUUGUUGUUCAGCUGCACACAGCAACCUUACAGAAGUUUGUGCUAACAUUCACAGGAUGUUUGCAUUGUCUGCAAGGAACGGGGAGCAAGAGUUCCUUCUAGCCGAACAUUAUAAAUUGCAAAACUUUCCUCGUUUGUUGCUAUGCAACUCGCGAAAUCUAUGUUUGACCAAUGGUGAGCAGCUUGUGGACGACUGAACUACCUUUGACUUUUGACCUAGCUGUGCAUUUACCAAUGAGCGAUCCCUCUCUUUCUCCCUUCUCUUUCUUUGUUGCUGUCUCUUUCUCUCUGCCUGUCUGACACUCCUCUUCCUCCUUCUCUCUCAACUUUCUGAUGUAAAUUCUAAGAAGUACUUAACUCCUCCCUUUCAAUUCUAAAUAUCUUUCCCUCUUUUUUUUUUUCCUUCCUUCCUUCCUUCCUUCCUAUGGGGGUUUCAUUCCUCUGCACCAAUGUUGACUUGACUAAGCUUUUUCGCUGUGUUACAAAGGUUGCCCUAUCUGUUGGUUUUGCAUGUAUGUAAGUGCAUUUAUGUGCAUGUGUGUGUGUGUGUGUGUAUGUGGAUGUGCAUGUGCGUAAAUGACAUGCAACCGAAGUAUAGGAUUCUGCAGUUAACAAUCAGGAAGCUGAGUAUUUCUGCAUUAAUGUUACACCGUGCAACUAUCAAUAAUUAAAUAUAAUUUAUAAUAUCUGGAAAAAGAAACGAAAAAAAAAAAUAGAAUGUGAAAAAAAAAAAAUAUAAAAUUGGCAGAAAGCACCACCAUCAAAAAUAAUAA